GUGGCCGGGCCUCUCAUACGGGAGCUCUAAGGUGCCUAGCGGCCACGCUCAAUGUUUUCUUGAAGUCAAAGAUGGCGGAUGCUAGAGAAUUGCAGACAAAUUUGACAGAAUAUCGCGCUCAAUUACGACAGGUUGAAGCAGCAUUAACCACUGAUCCGGACAAUGACGAACUUAAGAAGUUAAAAGGCGAUUUACAGGAAGUAAUAACCCUUACAUUGGAUCUUCUGAAAGUGAAUGAGAAAGGAGGGGUUGGAGAUGUUGCAGCGUCAGUAGGACCUGGUGUCAAGUGGAAAGUAGGACAGAAAUGUCAAGCUGUUUGGAGUCAGGACGGCAACUAUUAUGAUGCGACUGUUGAUAGCAUAUCUGAUGACCUUACAACAUGUACAGUUUCAUUUGAAAAAUAUGGAAACACAGAAAUUGUUAAGGUGAGGCAGGGUCUGCUUGUAAUUAUGUCAAUUAAGGAUGUUUUUGUGUUUUCUAGCUAUUAUGAUGCGACUGUUGAUAGCAUAUCUGAUGACCUUACAACAUGUACAGUUUCAUUUGAAAAAUAUGGAAACACAGAAAUUGUUAAGGUUUCAUCAUUAAGAGAAAAAGAUCAAGCUGGCUCAAAAAGACCUGCUGAAACUGGGAAAACUACCAUAGCAGCAAGCUCAUCAAAGAAAUCCAGGGCCGACGAGGAUGCCCUUCGAGAACAGAAAAAGAAAAAGAUGUUAAAAAAGAAACAAAGAGCGAAAGAAAUUGAAGAACAAAGAGAAAAAGACAAACAAAACUGGUUGGACUUUUUCAACAAUUCCAAGGGUGGUGGCUCAAGCAAAUCAGGAAAGAGUUUGAAGGGUGUUUCAAAAAAGAGCAUAUUUGCCUCUCCAGAGUCGAUUCAAGGAAAGGUUGGUGUUGGUACAUGUGGCACUGGUGGACAACCCAUGACGCAAUUCACACAACCGGACAAACUUGUUUACAAGAGAUGAUAACAUUCAGUGCUUCUCACGCAAUAAAUGUACAGAACACUUUGAACA